GCAAAGAUACAACCCUCCUGCGACAUUAUAAAAAAAAUCCCAAAAGAAAAAUUUAACAAGAGAUUAUAUUCAAAAAGAAAAAAAGAAGAAGAGGAAAAUGGAGGCACCAAAGACGAUUCAGCACGAAAUUGGAGGAGUCCAGAACGACGCGCUGCGAUUCGGUCUCCACGGCGUUAAGAGCGACCUCGUCGGAUCUCACCCUCUCCAAUCUGCUUACGAAUCAGCAAAGAAAACGCAGGAAGAGAUGAAGAGGAAAGUCCUGGCCAAUACUUAUGGGACAGCAAUGCCACUCAAAAUGGAUCUCGAUAGGCAAAUUCUCUCGCGGUUUCAGAGGCCAUUGCUACCAUCUUCGAUGCUAGGGUUGGAAGCGAUGACAGGAACUUUAGAUGAUUUUGGCUUCGAGGAUUAUCUGAAUGAUCCUCGAGAUUCGGAGACUGUUCGGCCACUGGACUUGCACCACAGCAUGGAAGUUCGUCUCGGCCUCUCCAAGGGACCAGUCUGCCCUAGUUUUAUGUGAGAUUUUCAUUGACUACUUCAGUGUUGUCCCAUGAAGGAAGUCACUGCUGAAACCUUUUUAUUUUCCCUUAAUGAAUUUAGCCGUUCUGGCCUUUGUAUAAUGCACAUCAGCUUCUUUUUUAUUGCGUUGGGUUGAACUUCUUGAAAACCAACUGCUUUGACAACUAUUUAAUCCAAUACCAAGGCCAAUACUAAAGCUGGAGAUGUUUAUGGGUGGAGUCAUGUCACCCAAAGCCUCAAGGCUCUAGCUCUUUUAUAUGCA